UAUCUGUUAUUUUGAUGCUGAGCUCGGUCAGUAUGGACUCCCACAAACAAGGCCUGGUCUUUUGGAAAAACAAAAAAGUUCCCGAUCAACACUUCUGAUGGGACAAAGCGUCUCUCCAACGAGGGCGCGUUUGGUUUGAUUUCAUCCCCCGGCAUGGAAGCGUGUGUCCGGGCAGGGAUGUGAAGCGUCUGGAGCGGCGGAAACGGAGAGGCGGAUGUGAAGUGGUCCAGCCAAAUAAAUAAGAUAUGAACGCAGAUUUUUUUUUCCUUUUGCCUUUCCUUAACCAAAGCCUGGCAACGUAACCGGCAACCAUGCUUUUAAUUAGAAAAGAGGAGUUUUAAGCCUCCGCCUUUGCUUGGAUCCUAGUGAGAGGCGGUCAGGGCUGCGCCCGGGUUCUGGAGCGACAGCUCCCCGCUUGAGAGCCGAUGAGGGGUCGGCGGUAUCCGGGCCGUGCGGAGCUCCGUCGUCCAUGAUCGAGCGACCUGUUCCGAGCCUUUUCAGCCAUGCACAGGGCGUAGUGAACGCUGUCUAAAUCACAAAGGUCUCCAACCCUUCUCCACCCAUCUCCUCCAUGUGGAUUUUAGGACCGCCCUGUCAUCAUCCCCUCCUCCUCAGACAGACAAGUGGAACGCCCUUCAUCCUUCCCCACUCAUCUUGCUACCCACCUCCACCUCUUUCUCCUUUCAUAAUGGGUACCGUGAUGAUUUGCACAGUACUCUAGUACCCUUGAGCGAGGCACCCCUCUACCGUGGGUGCUCAAAAUGAACCGGUGGCACGCAUGACUUAUAAAAGACGAUGGUUCGGUGAUUCUUUCAACUCCCAUGAACGUUUGAAUGACAAGUAGGGGAACCUCAGAGCUCUAAAGUGCCUUGUCCAAAGGAAUGCCGCAAGGGCUAAAGAAAGCCACGAUUCAGACUGUUUCGCCAGCUGUUGCUUUAAAUUAGAAGGGCAUUGCCCCAAACACUCCAUUUUACCAUCUGUACUUUCAUUCCCCAUUUAUUUUCUUGAGUUUUCUUAAUCUCGUCCCUUCAGUCUUGGAAUAUAUACGCUAAAAAUUCAACGUGCUUCCCAUUUCCUUCUUUUUUCUAGAGUUCUUUCUUUUCUUUUUUGGGCCCAUUCCCUAGUCCUCCACAAUUCGCCCCUCCCUCGCUACCGCCGUCCUCCCCCCUCGCCCCCGCCCCCAGUCAUCCUCCCCUUCCACCUCUGCCACCUCCUCCGCCCCCUCCUCCCCUCACCACCACCACCACCACCAUCACCACCAUCAGCAUCAUCACCACCAUUCCCACCAUCUUUUCCACUCCCACCAGCAGCAGCUCCCAUCCUCUCCGCCUUACUUCUCAGCCGCUCACUUCCCUGCCUUUGCUGUAACCAUGGCAACAGCCGCCACUGCCACCUCCUCUUCCUCAUCCCCGUCGUCGUCACCCAAUGGCAGUGCGCGGGACCACCUGCUAGCGGUUCGUCGGCGCACCCCGCACACCCGACCUUACACCAUCGGCCCGGACAACCUCCGCAGCCUGUCCAUGCAGGGAUCAGUUGGCACUUCCACCCCUGUGCCCUCCCCGUCCUCUGCUAUGACAUCAGGGAACCAGUCAGAGGGUGUGGCGAUGGGACUCCAGCGAGCCAAUAGUGACACGGACCUGGUGACCUCUGACAGCCGCUCAUCGCUCACAGCGUCUACAUACCAGUUGACUUUAGGCCAUGGCCACCUGGUGAUCUCCUGGGACAUCAAGGAAGAAGUGGAUGCCACAGACUGGAUUGGCCUGUACCGCAUCGAUGAGACGUGCGUGGCAAACGUCUGGGACUCCAAAAACCGCGGCGUGAACGGCACCCAGCGGGGACAGAUCGUGUGGAGACUGGAGCCAGAGCCCUACUUCAUGGAGUCAGAGACAAAGAUCUGCUUUAAAUACUAUCACGGUGUAAGUGGAGCAUUAAGAGCAACGACACCUUGUAUCACAGUCAAGAACCCUGGAGUACCGGUAAGCAGUGAAGGCCAAGUGGAGGAACAAUCGGGGAACGAGCACUGCCGGAAACUUGUCAGCUUCACCCUUUCAGAAAUCCGGGCAGUGGGUCUGAAGAAGGGCAUGUUCUUCAACCCUGAUCCCUACCUGAAGAUGUCGAUUCAGCCAGGGAGGAGAAGCGGCCUACCCAAGUUCACCCACCACGGCCACGAAAGACGCUCCUCCAUCAUAGCCAACACCAUCAACCCUGUGUGGCACGGGGAGAAGUAUACCUUUGUGGCUCUGAUGACGGACGUGUUGGAGAUCGAGGUGAAGGAUAAGUUUGCCAAGAGCAGACCAAUCAUCAAGCGCUUUCUGGGUCAGCUGAUCCUCCCCGUGCAGAGGCUACUGGAGGGCCCGACAGCUGGUGACCAUCCAGGCAGCUACAGCCUUUGUCGGCGCCUCCCCACGGACCAUGUGAGCGGGCAGCUCCUGUUCAAAGUGGCCAUCACUUCUUCCGGACAAGAGGAAGCCUCUCCAGAUGCGGUGGGAACCAUCUUGGGUAGUGCCGUGAAUGGCGACCCUGGCAGUCCCUCUGAUGAUGAAGAUCUCCCUCACCCCUCUUCAGCUUCACGGGUCACAUAUGGACCUUCUCCCACGGGCUCCGACGAGGGAUCUAUUUUAGUGAAUGGCGCUUGUUACUAUGGGGAUGACAGCGUGUGGCGGGAGCCUGGACAGGUUGGAUACGAGGAACUGCUUCCACUGGCUCUGGGUAGCCACACCCAUCGGCAGGUAUCACUCAACGACUACCUGGAUGCCAUUGAAGCUCCCAGGAGCCCUGGGGAUCGACCUCUAGUUGGGCCUUUACCGAAGCUCCGCUCCAGCUUUCCAACAGACACGAGACUCAAUGCUAUGCUGCACAUCGACUCAGAUGAGGAUGAGGAGACAGACACAACAACUGGGCAGCACAAGGAGCAGGCACAGGAGCCAAAAACACAGCAGAGCGGAGAAUCGUCAAGGAGACCAGCUUCACCUGAGUCUCAACAGAGGAACCCAGGUUCAAUAGGAGAGUCACAGGGACUCACAGGGGCCACGGCUGAGGCAGGUCCUUCCGCUGGAGCUCAGCCUGGAUCUGAUCCCGAGGGGACUGAAACUGGAGCAGGAGCGGCAGAAGGUGCCGCUAGAGAUCCAUCACAGAGUGGAGCAUCGGACGCUGGGGCUGGAGCAUCUGCUGACACUGCACAGGUUACUGGGGAAAACUCUGCAACAUCCAACUCACCUCAGGCUUUGGGAGCUGCAGCAUUGAAACCAGUGGAGUCUGUGGGGGAAUCUCAGCGGGCAAACCAGGAGGUACCCUGCAAUCCCUCGCUUGGUCCUCUUUCAUCCAUUCAGGAGGAAGAAUCAAGGAAAGACGUAGCUCCAAAGGCAGAGGAAGAAGGCGUGGAAUCAUCGAGCAGUGAGGCAAACGGGGCUGUAGCAGCAGCAGCAGUUGCAGACCAAGAAAGAGGGACUUCUGAAGCCGGAGGGGCUGAAGGUUGGGAUGGUCCAGUGGAGCAGGAGGAGAAGGGAGGGGACGUGUGGAGGAGGCGGCGGUCCAUGCAGGCAUCUGGAGGCGCUGCCCAGAACCAGGAGGCCAGAGACUCUAACAGCAGGACAUCGGCGGGGGACAGAGAGUCAGUGGCUACAGCUCAGACAAACGGCCACCACUCUGGUCGGCCCCUGCCGUCUAUCCGUCACGACAUGAGUCGCUACCAAAGGGUGGAGGAGCCACUGCCGCCUAACUGGGAGGCCCGCAUCGACAGCCACGGUCGCAUCUUUUACGUGGACCACGUCAACAGAACGACAACAUGGCAACGUCCCACGGCUCCGCCCGCCCCCCAGACCCUGCAGAGGUCCAACUCCAUACAGCAGAUGGAGCAGCUGAACCGCAGGUAUCAGAGUAUACAAAGGACGAUAACCAACGAUAGCAGACCAGAGGAUCAGCCAGCCAAUGAGCUCCCGGUAGAUGAGACUGAUGCCCACCCCUCCAUCCCAGAGCUGCGUAGGGAGAACAGCGUGGCUCAGACCAGCAGUUCCAGGUCCCGCCUCACCCUUCUGCUUCAGUCCCCCAGCGCCAAGUUCCUCACCAGCCCUGACUUCUUCACUGUGCUGCAUUCCAGCCCUAGUGCCUACCGUAUGUUCACCACCAACACUUGUCUGAAGCACAUGAUCAGCAAGGUUCGUCGGGAUGCUCACCACUUCGAGCGCUACCAGCACAACAGAGACCUGGUGGCCUUCCUCAACAUGUUCGCCAACAAACAGCUGGAGCUGCCCAGAGGCUGGGAGAUGAAGCAUGACCACACCGGCAAGCCUUUCUUUGUGGACCACAACUGCCGUGCCACCACCUUCAUCGACCCCCGCCUGCCUCUCCAGAGUACUCGUCCCCCAAGCCUCCUGGCUCACCGCCAGCACCUGACCCGCCAACGCAGCCACAGCGCUGGAGAGGUCAGCCCACGGCGACUAGUGGGUGAGGAUCGUCACGCUGGCCCGCCGGUCCUUCCACGUCCUUCCAGCACCUUCACCUCAGCCAACAGGGGGCAGUCCCAAGAUGUUGUACCAGUGGCUUACAACGACAAGAUUGUGGCGUUUCUUCGACAACCAAACAUCUUUGAGAUUUUGCAGGAGAGACAGUCUGACUUCAACCGGAACCACGCUCUCAGGGACAAGGUGCAGCUGAUCCGCACGGAUGGAGUGUCUGGAUUGGCCAGGCUGUCAGGAGACGCCGACCUUGUCAUGCUGCUAAGCCUCUUUGAAGAUGAAGUAAUGUCCUACGUGCCUCCUCACAGCUUACUUCACCCUACAUACUGUCAGUCACCUCGAGGCUCGCCUGUCUCCUCCCCACAGAACUCGCCGGGUACUCAAAGAGCCAAUGCCAGAGCUCCAGCACCCUACAAGAGAGACUUUGAGGCCAAGCUACGCAACUUCUACAGGAAACUGGAAACUAAAGGCUAUGGCCAAGGCCCAGGGAAGCUAAAAUUGAUCAUCCGUCGUGACCACCUUCUGGAAGACGCCUUCAACCAGAUCAUGUGUUACUCCCGUAAAGACCUGCAGCGCAGCAAACUCUACGUCAGCUUUGUUGGGGAGGAAGGGUUGGACUACAGCGGACCCUCCAGAGAGUUCUUCUUCUUGGUUUCCAGGGAACUGUUCAACCCUUACUAUGGUCUGUUUGAGUACUCUGCCAAUGACACCUAUACCGUUCAGAUCAGCCCCAUGUCCGCCUUUGUAGACAAUCACCACGAAUGGUUCCGGUUCAGUGGUCGCAUUCUGGGUCUUGCACUGAUUCAUCAGUACCUGCUAGAUGCCUUCUUCACCAGACCCUUCUAUAAAGGCCUACUACGCAUUUCCUGUGAGCUGAGUGACCUGGAGUAUCUGGACGAGGAAUUUCACCAGUCUCUCCAGUGGAUGAAGGACAACGACAUAGAAGACAUGCUAGACCUCACUUUCACCGUCAACGAAGAAGUUUUCGGACAGAUAACAGAACGGGAGCUGAAGCCUGGGGGAGCCAACAUCCCUGUCUCGGAGAAGAACAAGAAGGAAUACAUUGAGCGAAUGGUGAAGUGGAGAAUAGAGAGGGGAGUGGUACAGCAGACUGAAAGCCUGGUCAGAGGCUUCUAUGAGGUGGUGGACGCCCGGUUGGUGUCCGUCUUUGAUGCCAGGGAGCUGGAGCUGGUGAUCGCUGGCACUGCUGAGAUUGACUUAUCGGACUGGAGGAACAACACGGAGUACAGAGGAGGUUACCAUGACAACCACAUUGUCAUCCGGUGGUUCUGGGCAGCAGUGGAGAGGUUCAACAAUGAACAGAGACUGCGGCUCUUGCAGUUUGUGACUGGGACAUCCAGCAUCCCGUAUGAGGGCUUUGCUUCUCUGCGAGGCAGCAACGGGCCCCGCAGGUUCUGCGUAGAGAAGUGGGGGAAAGUGGCGUCGCUGCCAAGGGCUCAUACUUGUUUCAACCGGCUGGACCUGCCACCGUACCCAUCUUUCUCAAUGCUGUACGAGAAGAUGCUGACCGCCGUGGAGGAGACCAGCACCUUCGGGCUUGAAUGAGACCAGUGUCCUGCUUCCCCAAGUCCCUGCUGAAAGCGGAGGAACUGGAUAAACGUUUUAAAUAAAAGAUCUGGAUCGAAAAUCCUUAUUUCUGAUCAGUGUUAAAUUUCUAAUGGACGGAAUUUUAUAACAAAGACUGAAAUGCGGAGCUGACCUCUUCCUACGUGAGGUGAACAGUUUUUGUUGCAUUUGGAUAUAUUUCACACCCAGUUAGUAACACACAUUUUGAAGACCCACACUGCCUUUGGACCAGGAUCAGAGCUGCCAGGAUUUGACCAAUCAAAGACCAGGAUUAUUUUCUUUUUCACUUUGAUACAAGAAGGUUAAAGUUUGAGACAUCUAAGAAGCAACCACUGCCUUUACUGAUAAGUAGUGUGGAUUCAACGUCUUUUACUUCUUCUGUGGAUAGACAUUAAAGGAGGACCAUAGGACCUGUCUGGAACUGAGCUUCAGGGAACAGCGCCUCCUUCUGGUCUGAUGUAGGAACUGCUCUCAUGUAGAUGGUGUCUUUCUAAAAAGCCUUCCGAGGCCUGUUCAAGUAACUUUAACUUGUGGGGAUUUUCCAGUUUUCCCAUAAUUGGAUUUUGGAGUCCUGUCCAAAGCUUUGGUAUUGUUGUUACUGUAUUUUCAUCUACAAGGGGGGGAAAAAAAGUGAUUUUCUAAUGACGUGGCAGUGACAUGUUGUGCUCUGAAUGUAACUUACUUUACGAUGUAGUGUGGGAAAGGGAUUUUUCUACCAGAUCUGGAACCAUUUGCAAAAAAUCCUUAAAAUAAUACGGAUGAGCAAUUUAAGUUACAUAUUUCACAUAACCAUAUCCAUUGACUCUAACUGAUUUAGCUUUGACCCAGGUCUAUUCUUUAAAGUUUGUUAAAAUUCUGGUUGGGUCUACAUUUCUAAAAGGAAGUCUUUGCUGGGUCGCAAUGGAGGGCCGUGGGGUACUGGUUCUCACAUGAUGCUACUUCUAAACGUGACUAUCUGAAAGAUGUGCUCCAUUAACUUCCCUUGUAAUUUUCAAUUAAAAGUCCAGCCCAACUAAUCUACUUAGUAUACAGUAGUACAGUACAAAGUGUGAAAGCAUCUCUUAGUUAAACUACAACAUGUUUUACUUUCUGUCAGAUGGUAAAUUGACGUCACCAAAACACAAAUUUGGCACUUUCCAAAUUCAUCACUAAAACGAGUUAAUCAGUGUCCUGUAUUUCAACACAAUUCCCCUACAGCACACCACUGACACCAUUGACAUGCUAAAACACAUGUUAUAUUUUGUAAUGAGAUUGCUGUUACAUAAGCUGACGUUUGCCUUUCUUCUGAACAAUUACAGUAAAACACACAUUGGGAACAUGAUGACAAGUUGUCAAGUUAACAUCUGAAACUUGCUCACCCUAAAUAUUCUGUGUUCAGAUCCAAAUGAGCUGCUUAAAAAUAGAAUAUAAAACUUUCUUUUUUUUUUUCCUUUUUCGGAAUAGUCUGUGACAACGUUUACAUACCGGCUUGUGGUUGUCACUUGGUGCCUUUAAGUGGGGUUGAAAAGAGUCCUCCCUCCCCCAUUUUCGUGGUAUUUUAUUUUUAAAAAAUUCAUGAUUUUUUUUUCAGAUAUGAUGGAAAACAUGGAAGUUUGUUUCGGAUGUGGAUAGGUUAAUAUAUUGUAAUUUAAUUGUAUAUUUGUUUUCUUAUGAUGGGCAUUGAGGACAUGGUCGAGAACCUCAUCCUUUCAUUAUGUCUUUGCAUUUUGUACAUUACGUUACCUGGUAAUUAGUUUGCUACGCCAAGCAUUUCAUGUACACAGCUUUUCAUGCGGUACCUUAUGAUUUCCACUUCAUGGCAGCGUAUAACUACUCCCUGAUCAUUAGUAAUUAGGGGUCAAAGCAGCGAAAGAGUUCUGUUGUAUGUGUUCCGUUUUUAUUAUUAUUAUUAUUAUUACUGUUGUUAUUGUUCCAAUGCAAAAGUGAAAUUUAAACGGAAGAAAAUAAGAUUUUAAAGGAGAGUAACACUCUUCAACCUUAAGGGUGUGCUAUAAUCAAUGUGAAAGUUUUUUGUUGAAUAACCAGUUAAUUCUGUUUUUUCCCCACUUGUAACUGGCAACAUUUGGUGUCUAAAUCUUCUCCCUCUCUAGUUAUAACACACAUUUUGUACCUAACUAGUGAAAUUAAUUAGAUUUUUAAUAGCCAACUGUGAUUGACGCCUUCUUGGAUGAGAUACCUGUCAACGAUGAUAAAUUAUUGAUUUAGCAUCCAGAAUUUUUCUCUUUUUUUGGCAAAAAUCCAUUAGAUUAUUGAAAAUGUUAAGAAAAAAAUGAGGGGAUCGCAACUUUUUGUGCAGGAGGGCGGGUCAAAAGGAAGGGUUGCAAAGGGGAGGGGCUAAAAUUAGAAUGGUGAUUUAAAGGGCCUGAAAAGUCUUUACUGAUCAAAAUGAACAUUAUAGAGGAGAUAGCGAAUGAGCCAACAGUGGAGUGUUUUUCAACCUCAGUUCAUUUAGAAUAGUCUACAGGAAUGCUGGCAGCCGCGUGAGGCCGUUAGCUGUACUGUGCUAAAUGCUGAAAUCAAUAAUGUUGAUGUUCAUAACCCUGGUUCAGCAGCGUGGACCACUUAGCUAAUGCAUUGGGAAGGGAUGAACGCUAUGGAGCAUUAUGGAUUCUGCAUUUUUUCUGUAUUCAUUGCCAGUUGGAGUGAUUUGGACAGCUCGGGGAUAUAGUGGUGACUGAUAAUUACACAUUUUACGCUCUUAAAAAGCUGCUGGGACAGGCCCCACCCCUAACAGCAUGCCUCCUUUAGCUUCUCAGAUCACCUGAUGUUUAUACUUGCAGGAGUCAAUUACACAUGUAUGCUAGCUCUGUACAAAAAAAAAAAGUGUUUUAUAGUUUCUCUAGAUUUACACUGUUGUUAUUUCACUAUUGAAUUAAGUAUAUCAACUCGAUGUUGACUGGAUCAGGUUCAGAAGUUUCUUACAGAAAUAUGGACGUUUUCUGUAAAAAUCUGUUUUAAAGGAGGUGACGGCGAAUUUUUAUUCUUUUGUGAAUUGUUAACCAUACUCUUCACUCACAUUCCCCUCUACACACUGAAUGUAAGCAUGCCUUCAACUGCCACGACACGUAGACACGUAAUCCUGAAAGUUUUAACUCGCACCCUUCUGAUUAGCUCAUUUUAUGCACACACUAAUAAACCAUUAUCAGGAUCGAGCUUGCUUUUUUUGAAACUACUUUUGCCCUGGACCUACUGUUUUCCUAGUUUACACUUAAAAGAAUGACAACACACUUUGGUAGACAAGCAUUUAAAGGAAAAAAAAAAUAAAAACAUAAAUCAUGUCUCACUUCAAAAUUCUCCUAUGGAAAAGAAUCACGUUUUUUGCCUCACUGAAUGCACUAAAUCACGUCUGUCUGAUGAGAAUGUACCAAAGUUUCAACCGGCUGCCUCACGUCUAACAGCCAAGCCGCCGUUUCGGUAGUCCGCCUCAUUUUAAAUACGAAUGUUUUUCAGCACCUCCUCUCCCAAAAAAUAAAUAAAUAAAAGUCAUCUCUCUAUGCAAGCUUGUUAUUAUCGAUUCCUUGCCACUUUCACUGUAAUUGAACAAAGCAAAGGAUAAUAAAUGGAAAUUAAUGUUG